CGUUCCACCCAGCGCACCAGCCCAAAAAAUUUCCCGGCCCGAAACCCUCGCCGCCGCCACCGACCAUGCCGCCGGCGCCGGCGCUGCCGGAUGAGCUUCUCGAGGAGAUCUUCCUCCGCUUCCCGCCGGACGAGCCCGAGCACCUCGUGCGCGCCUCCCUCGCCUGCAAGCUCUGGCUCGGCCUCCUCUCCAGCGCCCGCUUCCGCGGCCUCUACCGCGACUUCCAUGGAGCUCCCCCCAUGCUGGGAUUCCUUUACAACUGGAUCUUUAACCGCGGCUCCAAGGAGGAUGACCCCGUGGCAAACUUCGUCCCCACCGCGAAAUUCGGCGCACUCAUCUCCGCCGCCGAUGGCUGGGACCGUGGGUACGCUCCGUGGGACUGCCGCCAUGGCCGCGUCCUCCUUGGGAACUACACGGGGCUCGUCGUUUGGGACCCCAUGACAGGCCGCCGGAUGAAGCUGGAAGCGCCUGUUGGCUAUGUUGGCGCGGCGGUGCUCUGCGCUGUGAGGGGCUGUGACCACCGUGCAUGCCAUGAGGGCCCCUUCCAGGUGGUCUUCAUCGGCCUGGACACGAACGAUGAUGAUGGUGAUUGUGUUGCACAUGCGUAUGUGUCCUCGCCCAUGCCGGCCGAGUGGAGUGACUUGGGUUCUGAUUCUCUUUUUGAUGGAUGGAGCAAGCCGUGCUCUGGUCUUCAUCUUAUUACGGCCGAUCCAUUCAUCGAUUCACUGCCCCCUGUCCACGUCGAAAACGCACUUCACUUCAUGCUUAGGUAUGAUGAUAAGCGUGUAGGGAUUCUUAAGUAUGACUUGAGCUCUAAUUGCUUAUCACUGAUUGAUGCGCCGCUUACCGGGUCGGCCAUUGUUGGUCCUGCUAUCCUCAUGGCAAUGGAGGAUGGCGGCUUGGGGUUGGCACACUUGGACGGGUUAAUCCUCCACCUAUGGUCAAGACAGAUAGAUUCCAAUGGAGUUGCGUCAUGGACUCAGCGUAAAGUCAUCGAUCUCAAGGAACUUCUCCCCAUUCAAAAUCCCAAGAAAAGAAUUAGCGUUAUUGGGUCUGUGGAGGGCCAUGAUAUCAUUUUUGUGACCGUAGAUCUUGGCAUCUGCGAGAUUAAUUUGAAGACACUACGGUGGAAGAAGAUAUGGAAGAGAGAAAAAUUCCGUUCUUUGAUUCCAUACAUGAGCUUCUACAACCGACAAGGUAUAUCUAUAUGUCCGUUUCUUCUGUGA